CUACUUUCUCUGUAGAAAGCAUAUCACUGGAAUCUCUUUCUCGGAGCGAGAAGACUUUGUUAGGGUUUUGGGAACGCGUGACGAUCGGAAUUUGACGGUGUGGCUAAAGAGUAAUCAAGGCUGAAAGAGAGGAGGCGGAUGGUGUAAACCGCAAUACUAACAUCAGUAAAUGGAAAGCUUUGAAUCUGAAGAACCAGAGAAGAAGAGGCCUCACUUGGAUUCUCACGCCAUGGCCCGUAAUUCCUCCACUUCUCCCAACCAUGUCAAAUCUGUUGACGCAGCAAUUCUCCAGUAUCAGAAUCAAAAACUUGUCCAACAAUUAGAUAUUCAGAAACAUGAGUUGCAUGAUCUUGAAACCAAAAAUAAAGAACUAAAAGACAAGCAAACCUCUUAUGAUGAUAUGCUGAUAACUGUGAAUCAACUUUGGAAUCAGUUGGUUGAUGAUAUGGUCCUGCUUGGAAUACGAGCUGGAGGAGGCCAUAAUGUUUUAAAAAUCUUGGACCAUGCUGACAAGUCUCGAGGUUCUAUACCAAAAUGCCCUGUGGAGGAGAUGUUUCUUUGUAGGCUUCUAGAAACAGAUUUUAUUGAUAGUAGUGACGAAGAUGGGAUUGCCAAUUAUGUUGAACGAGUGUUAUCUGCGCGCCAUUCAUCCACUAGGGACUUGAUAAAAUCUCUGGAGGAUACCAUCUCCGCCGAGAGGAUGAAAACUGAGAGCAUGACUUAUUCUUUACAUGGAAAAUUUUCUGUUGAAGACACUAUAAUGCAGCUUUCUAAGAUUGAUGAUAUGAUGAAAGAAGAGGCUAAAAUUUUGCAUGAGAUGAUCAGUGCUCUACAUUUGAAGCAUAAAGAAUAUGCAGAUGAGAUUCAAACAUAUAUGAGCAACCAUUCAACUGACCAAUCUGAAAUUAAACGUCUUCAAGGUGAGUUAGAAGAAAUUAUGGCCAAACUUGAAGAAAGCAGAAGAAAACUAGUUGACCUAAAAAUGCAGAAGAAUAUAGCAUCUGGGAUGCAUGCAUCAACUCCAGUUGUAGCAAAUGGCAGCUUGUCACCAGAAAAACCUGCAGAUAAGACAAUUGGCUUGCGAGAGAUAAAGGAUUUGAUUGAGGAGACAAAGAUAGUGGCAGCAGAUCGACUUUCUGAACUUCAAGAUGCACAGGAACAGAACCUAAUAUAUUCAAAGCAACUUAAGGAUCUACAGAAUGAACUGAAGGAUGACAAAUUCAUAAAAUCCUCUCGGCUCUACACUUUGUUAAAUGAUCAGCUUCAGCAUUGGAAUGUUGAAAUGGAACAAUACAAAGCACUGUCAGAUGCUCUGCAGACUGACAGGUUACUUGUCAUGAGGAGGGAGAAGGAACUAAAUAUGAAAGUUGAGUCGGCCGAUUCUGUUAGGAAUACAAUUGAUAAUGCUGGUUCUAGAAUUGAGGAGCUAAAUCUGCAACUCCAGAACUGUAUCAUAGAAAGAAAUGAUCUUGAGAUCAAAAUGGAAGGAGCUAUCCAAGAUGCUGGAAGAAAUGACAUCAAAGCAGAAAUUCGUGUGAUGGCAUCAUCUCUGUCAAAGGAAAUGGGAAUGAUGGAAGCUCAGUUGAAUCGCUGGAAGGAGACUGCACACGAAGCUAUUUCUCUUCAUGAAGAAGCCCAAGCACUAAAAGCUUUGUUAAGUGAUAAGACAAACCUACAAAAGUGCUUGGCAGAAGAGUGUGCUGAACAGAUUGUGGAAAUCAGAUCUCUCAAUGAUUCUAUUGAGAAAUUGCAGAAGGAAAAAUUGGAAUUGCAAAUCUUCUUGGAUAUGUAUGGUCAAGGAGGCUGUGAUAAUAGAGAUGUGACUGAAAUAAGAGAAUCAAGAAAUAAAGCUUAUUCGCAAGCUGAAAUCUUGAAAAAUGCCUUGGAUGAACAUAGUCUAGAACUAAGAGUGAAAGCUGCUAAUGAAGCCGAGGCUGCAUGCCAAGAAAGGCUUUCUGUUGCUGAAGCUGAAAUAGCUGACCUAAGAUCUAAAGUGGAUGCUUCUGAGAGGGAUGUUUUGGAGCUCACGGAGGCUAUUAAAAGUAAAGACGGAGAAUCAGAAACAUAUAUUUCUGAAAUUGAGACCAUUGGCCAGGCAUAUGAAGAUAUGCAGGCUCAGAACCAGCACCUCUUGCAGCAGAUGACUGAGAGAGAUGACUACAAUAUUAAGCUUGUCUCUGAGAGCGUAAAGACAAAGCAGACACAUAGUUCCUUACUCUCUGAAAAGCAGACAUUAACAAGGCAACUUAAGCAGGUCAAUUCAUCAAUUGAAUCCGUGAAAAUGAGGAUUGCACAAAGUGAGGAGCAGAUGAAAGUUUGUCUGACAGAUGCUGUAAAAUUCACACAAGAGGAUAGACAUUUUAUGAUUAGCCUUGAAACUGCAAAGUGGGAGUUGGCAGAUGCUGACAAGGAGUUCAAGUGGCUUAAAUCUGCUGCAGCAUCUUCUGAGAAGGACUAUGAGCAGCUCCAGCGGAAGGUGGAAGAGUUCCAAAUGAAGUUGGAUAAGGAACAAAGCCAGAGGAAGAAGCUUGAGGAAGAGCUCAAUGAACUGAAUAGCAAGAUUGCUGAGUUGAGUUCAGAAACCGGAGAGACCACUAUACAGAAGCUUCAGGACGAGAUUAAGAAUUGCAAGAACAUUCUCAAAUGUGGUGUAUGUUUUGAUCGGCCGAAGGAGGUUGUUAUCGUGAAAUGCUAUCAUCUAUUUUGCAAUCCAUGUAUACAGAGAAAUUUAGAGAUACGCCAUCGCAAGUGCCCCGGAUGUGGAACUGCUUUUGGUCAGAAUGAUGUUCGGUUUGUAAAGAUAUGAAAAGUAUGUCCUGUCCCAAGGCUUUGUAUAUCGAUUGUGAUAAAGUCAGUCAGAGUUGGCAUCUGGAAACCAAGGAUGCCCCUUCGGGCCCGAACUUGAUAGUUAUAGAUAUAAUAUGUUUUUUUUCCUCUUUUUCAUAUGUAAUAAUUUGAUCGGCAUGGCACGUAUAUCAAUUGUAAAUGGAAACUAAACUAGGUGAAAGUCAUUACAUCAUCAGGAAAUUGUUCCUUUGGAUC